UUCCAAAAACUCUCUCUCUCAACCGUCCAUGGCCGUACAGUGGUUUCUGGUGUGCCAUGGUCUGGUCACACUGCUAGUCGUUACAUCAUUCCUCUGCGGUCAAUGGCCAAUCUUCGAAGGCACUUUCAUCGAACGCAUCCAUUACUUCCUUACCUUCGGUGCCUACGAUUAUUUCCGGCGAUUUGUUCAUGUUUUGUGCGGCUCUAAGGGCACCAAUGCGUUACUUUCUGUGGAGUAUUAUUGCUGCGAUCGACCUAAUCCUAUUUUACAGAUUUCCUCUAAUAGUCUGAAAGGCUACCCAAUGGGCUGUUACUUUCUCUUCCAAUCACCCUCCAUUCCAGAGCAGUCAUGUGCAAAGCAAACUCCCAAGUAUCCAGCUGUGUGGUGGUCCUUUUUGUAG